UUCAUAGAAGUUCAUACUUCAUAUUUUACUUCAUAUUUCAUAUCUACAUACCUUAAUAACAUACCUUGAUAUAAUUCAUACGUACUUAGGUAGUAACCAGUUCAUUUCUUCCUCGCGAAGAAACUAACAUCGAGCGGUAAGUUUUCUCAUGAUAUCUCUUAUUUUUUCCCUUUUCCCUUUUCCCUUUUCCUUUUUCCUUUUUCCUUUUUCACUUUUUCACUCUCCACUCUCCACUUUCCACUCUUCAACUCCCAAUCCUGCCGUCUUCUUUGCAUCCAGCACCUCGUUACCGAACUAUAUAACAGUAGUGCAUGGAUUCACUCGGACGGCAGAAAUUGAUGGCUUUUGUCCUCCGCCUAUUUCUUUCCUGGGCCAUCUCUUGCCUACGAUGGGAUUAGGUACUUGGCUUUGGACUAUAUCCAUUUCAUCCAUUCUUCUUCUUUUCCUACCUAGGUAGCUAAGUAGCCCUUAACUCCUUUAGGCUACUACCUAUUGUCAGAAACCGAUUAGGUCAUCUAUAAGGAAUGGCGGCUUGUAAUAUUUGUGAGAAGCCUCUUACCCUGGAGCUCGACGAUGACGACGACAGCAACCUUGAGCCCCAGCUAGUGCCCGAUGACUUGGAGGUUAUCUGCGGCUGUCAUUACCAUUGGCAAUGUCUCUUUGACCAAGCCACAGAACUGGCCAUUUCGCUCAAAUGCCCCUCAUGUGAUGCAGACCUUGCAACGAACACUGCAGGGCCAUCAGCUACCAACCCAUUCCUACAAUCAGCACCCGGCGCGGCUAUAUUGUCAAGAUAUACCAACGAGGGCGGCGUCCAAGAGAACUACGAUAUCCUCCCUGAAAUUACUGAAGAAGCCUACCUCAAGGCCAACCCAGAAGCCCGACUCGCACGCGCCUUUCACGUCAUGUGUAGCGAGGGUGACGUAGGUGGGAUCGUAGAGCUCCUAUCUGAUGCUGAGCAGGCAGAGGAAGACGAGCCUACGAUGAACCCUGCACAAGUCAUUCGCUAUCAGGAUCCACUAGGAGAUUCAAAGAGCGGCCUACAUCUCGCUGUAGAAAAGGGGCAGGAGGAAGUAGCUUGGUUACUCUUGUGGAUAGCCUCGACUCUACCGAGCGACGCAUUUCCUAGACCGGCAGUGCAAGCCGCAGAAGCGAUGGGUAUCCAACGACCCAGCUCGCUAGCUUCGGAAGAUAUCCGUGCCCUUGCGGACAAUCAAGGCCGGACAGCGGAGGCAAUUGCGGCCCAAAUGGGAGGUUUGUGGUCCGCGAUGUUAGAGUCCGGAGCUCUGCAUCCCGGAACCUAAAAUCCUGACCGCAACGACAUCACUUCACUCGCCACCACGCCGCCAAGCUUCUCAGUUAUUGCAUGACUCAGCUUCUUUGCAUACGUCCAAAUUAUUCCCUCGAGUACCGAGAUUGGCUAUCAAAUAAGAAAACC